CUCUCGCAGGUGCUGCUGCACGUGCUGUUCGAGCACGCGGCCGGCUACGCGCUCUUCGCUGUGCGGGAGGUGGAGGAGAUCAGCCUGCUGCUGCCCCAGGUGGAGGAGAACAUCCUCAACAUCGGCAAGUUCCACACCAUCGUCAGACUGGUGGCCUUCUCCCCAUUCAAAUCUGCCCAGAGUGCCUUGGAGAAUGUCAAUGCCAUCUCGGAAGGGAUUCUCCAUGAGGACCUCAGGCUGCUCCUGGAGACCAACCUGCCGGCCAAGAAGAAGAAAACGUUGCUGGGAGUCAGCGAUGCCAAGAUUGGGGCUGCCAUCCAGGAGGAACUGGGUUACCAGUGCCAGACUGGAGGGGUCGUGGCAGAGAUCACCCGAGGGAUCCGUCUGCACUUCCACACCCUGGUGAAGGGCCUCACUGCCCAGUCGGCCUCCAAAGCGCAGCUGGGCCUGGGGCACAGCUACUCACGUGCCAAAGUGAAAUUCAAUGUCAACAGAGUUGACAACAUGAUCAUCCAGUCCAUCAGCCUGCUGGACCAGCUGGACAAGGACAUCAACACCUUCUCUAUGCGCGUCAGAGAGUGGUACGGGUAUCACUUCCCAGAGCUCAUCAAGAUUGUGAGUGACAACUACACCUACUGCCGCCUGGCUAAGUGCAUCGGGAACCGCAAGGAGCUGAGCGAGGAGAGGCUGGAGGCACUGGAGGAGAUUGUGAUGGAUAGUGCCAAGGCCCAGGCUAUUCUGGAUGCCUCUCGGUCAUCCAUGGGGAUGGAUAUCUCCCCCAUUGACCUCAUCAACAUUGAGAGCUUCUCCAGCCGGGUGAUCUCGCUGUCCGAGUACCGCAAGGGCCUGCAGGAGUAUCUGCGCUCCAAGAUGGGCCAGGUGGCCCCCAGUCUCUCUGCCCUCAUCGGAGAAGUGGUGGGCGCCCGUCUGAUCUCCCACGCCGGCAGCCUGACAAACCUGGCCAAGUACCCGGCCUCAACGGUGCAGAUCCUGGGGGCGGAGAAGGCCCUCUUCAGGGCCUUGAAGACUCGUGGCAACACCCCGAAGUACGGGCUGAUAUUCCACUCCACCUUCAUCGGGCGAGCGGCUACCCGCAACAAGGGGCGCAUCUCCCGCUACCUGGCCAACAAGUGCACCAUCGCCUCCAGGAUAGACUGCUUCUCAGAUGUCCCGACGAGCGUCUUUGGGGACAAGCUCCGGGAGCAGGUCGAGGAGCGCCUGGCCUUCUACGAGACAGGAGAGCCUCCCCGCAAGAAUCUGGAUGUCAUGAAGGAGGCCAUGGUGGAGGCUACCGAGGUGGCUGCCGAAAUCAAGAAGAAAGAGAAGAAAAAGAAGAAGCGGGAGAAGAAGCGGCUGGAAGCCUUGGCAAUGGCAGCAGCUGCUGAGGAAGCUGAGAACUCUGUGCUGGAGACAACCAUGGAGGCGGAGGAAAACGAGACAGAGCCCAAGAAGAAGAAAAAGAGGAAGCACCAGGAGACCUCACUGGAUGAGAACGGGCUGGCAGAGGAGCCCUUGCCCAAGAAGCAGAAGAAACUGGCCCAGGAAGAGCCCUCCCAGUCAGACAAGAAGAAGAAGAAGAAAAAGGUCCAUGAGGAGGAUUAGCGAGGGCGUUACCAGGCUGUUCCGGGGGUCCUGCGCUGCAGCAGCACAGGCUGCCCAGCACCCAGACAGUGGCAGGACACUUACCUUUCCCGGCUCUC